AUGGACCAGGUGAAGGAGCUGCUCGAGUUGAUCACCGCGCACAAGGAGGCGGGGGAUCGAGUGGCGUUAUACCGGAAUUACCCGCCGCAACCUGAUCUGCCCCGACCAUAUCACUUGUUGCCCAGCGCCGCAGCCGAAGCAAAAAGAGCAAGAACUGCUGGCAACGAGUCGGCCGAGGGUAGCCGGGCGACCGGGGAGAGGGCGCAAGCAAACAACUCCUCCGGGUCAUCCAUGGAGUUAUCUGACGACGCACCGCUAAUCCCCCAGCGGCGCCGGGAGAUGCGGAAAUGCAAAGCCAGCACCGCCGACCUCGCCGGCCCCCAACGACAAAGGGUAGUUGAAACAUCCCCAACCGGGAAUGAUGCGUCAGCAGCCGUGUCUGCAGGAGCUGCUGGGGCGGACCCGUCGUCCUCUCCUGCGAACGACGUGACCAUCGCCGUGGCGGGUGCUGCGCCGGGGCAGCUCGCGCCCUCAACUAGGACAGCCCUGCUACCGGCGACGAGUGCCAUGGGCAUCGCCGCGACGAGUGCCACGCCCGAGCCACUAGCGCCCUCGGCUGGUUCGCCCACACCUCCGGCCGCAAACGCCGUGGUGAAGAAGCCGUUGAAACUGGUGUUGAGGAAACCAACGAUAAUCCGAUCCCAAGUAUCAGCAGCGGCGGUGAUGCUGGACGAGCCAGAACUCGAGUUGGCUCCUCCAGCCCCCGAGCCCUCGCCCGAGCAAGCCGACGCACCGGAACCAGCAGAGGGGGCAGAUGUGGCCUUGCCUGACUCACCACCGCCCGAGCUCCAUCAUGCGGAACUCGAAGCUGGUGGCGAUGAGCAAGUCGAGGCCGCCGUUGCCGCGCCCGCCGAGGUUGCAGAGACCACGCAGCCAUCAGUCUUGGAGGGUGCGGGUACUUCUGGCGAAGAAAUCGUGCUACCAACCCCUAGAGGAGAGAUCGACGACGCACUCCAAGUGAUACACCUCCCAAUGGACGACCUAAACCGCGUGCGGCAAAUGAUCAAGGCGAUUGAUAAGUUUGCCUUGGUAAAUCUGGACUAA